AUGCCACUGAUUUUGCAGAAUAAUGUCGGCCCUAUUGGGUAUGGCCUGAUGGGCUUUACCUGGAGACCAGAAACCGUCCCUAUCGAGCAGGCUGUCGAAGUCCUCAAAUCGGCCCUUGAGGCUGGCGCCAACCUCUGGAACGGGGCCGAGUUCUACGGCACUCCGGAGUACAACAGUAUGACUCUUAUCAAGAGUUAUUUCACCAAAUAUCCAGAAGAUGCCGAGCGCGUGACCAUAAUUAUCAAGGGUCUUCAGCAUGUGCAGACUUUGGUCCCUGACGGGUCGCCCGAGGCCGUCCGGCAAUGCGUUGAUAACGUGCUUCGUCAGCUAGGCGGCAAGAAAAAGCUUGACGUGUUUGGUAUAUCGAGGAGAGACCACCGUGUGCCCCUAGAAACAACAAUAAAUAUCUUGAAGACGGAGUACGUGGAUACUGGGAAGAUUGGGGGGAUAUCUCUUUCCGAGUGCAGCCCGGAUACAAUCCAUGAGGCUGUUAAGCACACCAAAGUUGCAGCAGUUGAGGUUGAGUUGAGCAUGUUCACCCCGGACAUCCUCAAGAAUGGAGUUGCUGCAGCAUGUGCCCAGUACAAUAUCCCCAUUGUUGCAUAUUCGCCUUUGGGCCGUGGAAUCUUGACUGGUCAGUUCAAAACUGAUGCUGACACGAGACAUCUUGGCAUUGUUUCGCACUUCCCUCGUCUGCAAGGUGAAGCCCUUGAGCACAAUCUAAAGCUAGUCGAGCAAGUCAAGGUGCUCGCCGAUAAGAAGGGAUGCACCACGGCACAACUUGCAAUCGCCUGGGUGAGAAGUGUGAGCAAGCGCUCUGACACGCCCGAAAUCAUCCCCAUUCCAGGUGCAACUACGAGUCAAAGGGUUCAGGAGAACACGAAGGUGAUUGAUCUCACGGAAGAGGAGUCUAAGGCUAUCAGCGACAUUGUGGACGGGUUUGAACCUGCCGGGCCGCGAUAUCCGAACGGAAUACCCACAGAGACAUAA